UCACCGUGUGUUCAUAUCUCUUGGCCAAGUGUUCCACUUUCCCCCACUCCCCCAAUUUGGGGACAAGCGAGGAACACUUCCAUGACGUACUUGGGUACCACACGAUCCGCUUGCGCCGAGUUCCUCCACCCAGAACCCCAGGAGAGAAGAAGGAAACCCGGGUGGCGCGGAUUGAGACGAAAAAGGCGGGUCGCGUGCUUCUUUCGCCGGAAAUGGAGAAGGAGCUUGAACGGACGAACGGACGGACAGGGGAAAGGAGAAGAACGGAGAUCUUUGGGACUGGUUGGGCCGUUGGCCAGUCUUUCCAAGCAACAAAAUUGCAGGGAGGGAGAGGAGGGGAAAGAGAGAGAGAGAGGAGGCACACAGACGUUAGUAGGUUCGCUUCCUCCAUAGCCACCACCACCACCACCACCAUCAACACCAACAGCUCCACCACUGCCACCCCAGCUUCGAGAACUACGAAUACUACAACAACGGCGACGGCGACUUGAGAGUUCUAGAGGAAAGACUCAGUCACACCACGGAGAACAUCAACUCCGCGAGUUUAGCUAUUCAACUUCGGGGCUUCUCGAGCCGGUAGAAGCUUUCAAUAUUGGGAGAUCACAUUUUCAUUAGGGUUUUGAAAGCGUGUUUUGGUGUCGGACUUGUGUGAUUUGUGUCAGGUGUUGAGGGUGGGAAGACAUCGUCGCUCAGGGAUCUUCUCGUAUCCGUUAUGGCAUCUGCAAAAGAGGACUACAAUGCCGUCCCGUUGACGGAGAAGGUCGAUCCGGAAAAAUCCGCGGAUGCUAACGACGGCUCUGAGGACGAAAAUGUCGGACUUAAGCCCAAGAUGACCUUGCUCAACGGAUGCACGGUCAUUGUGGGCUCCAUUAUUGGGUCCGGGAUCUUUGUGUCUCCUUCUGGGGUGUUGGAGGGCACGGGUUCGGUGAACCUGGCUCUUCUGGUGUGGAUCAUUUCCGGCGUGUUCUCCAUGAUUGGCGCAUACUGCUAUGCGGAGUUGGGUUGCAUGAUCAAGAAGACUGGGGCUGAUUACGCCUACAUCAUGGUCACAUUCGGUCCCUUCCUGGCUUUCAUUCGCCUCUGGGUCGAGUGUAUCAUCGUGCGACCUUGCUCGCAGGCCAUCGUGGCACUGACCUUUUCCAUCUACGCCACCAAGCCCUUCUUCCCGGAGUGUGACCCGCCCGACACUCCGGUCCGACUGUUGGCCGCCAUGUGUAUUUGUUUGCUGACUUUUGUCAACUGCUGGGAGGUGAAAUGGGCCACUUUUGUACAAGAUAUUUUCACGUACGCCAAGUUGCUGGCUUUGUUCAUCAUCAUCUUGACCGGAUUUUAUCAGCUCUCCCAAGGCAAAGUGGAGAACUUCACCUUUGAGAACACGGAGGAGGAUAUGACCAAGAUUGCGCUCUCAUUUUACUCUGGAUUAUUCGCGUACAACGGAUGGAAUUACUUAAACUUUGUCAUUGAGGAGCUCCAAGAUCCCGUCAAGAAUCUGCCCCGUGCCAUUGCCAUCUCGUGCGUCUUGGUCACUUUGGUCUACGUCUUCACCAACAUUGCAUUCUACACAACUCUUUCGGUUCCCGAGGUUCUUGGAUCAGAGGCUGUGGCUGUGACGUUUGCUGAGCGUAUGUACGGAUCGUGGGCUUUCAUGAUUCCCAUCUUCGUGGCCAUGUCGACAUUUGGAGGCGUCAACGGUAUCCUCUUGACCUCCAGCAGAUUGUUCUACGCCGGAGCCUGUGAAGGUCAAAUGCCCGAGAUCUUGUCCAUGAUUCAAGUCAACAAAAUGACUCCUGCCCCCGCUGUUCUCGUUGUUGCACUCCUCUCACUUUGCUACCUUUGCUCUUCAAACAUCUAUGCCCUGAUCAACUAUGUUGGGUUUGCCACAUGGGUGAGCAUUGGUUUGGCCGUCUUUUGUCUGCCCUAUCUUCGUUGGAAGCAUCCGGAAUGGGAGAGACCCAUCAAGGUGUCCCUGAUCUUCCCCAUCAUCUAUUGUUUGGCCACGGUUUAUAUCACUAUCGUGCCUAUGAUCGCCAGUCCAGUUGAAACGGGCAUUGGUAUUGCCAUCAUUUUGACCGGUGUUCCAGUCUACUUUAUCUUUGUAUACUGGAAGAACAAGCCCCAAGUCAUCCAAAAGCUGUCAGAUGGUUUCACGAAGUUGCUAAUGAAGUUGAUAGUGGUUCUCCCGCCCAAAAAGAGUGGAGCCGAUACCAUGCCCAAAGCCGAGGAAGCUCCCAAAAUCAAUGUGGAUGCGUGAAUCUCCCAUUCCGUUUUCACCCAUCUCUUCCAAAAGGCCAUUGUGGUUCUCCCCAAAGAGACGUUAUAGCAUGGAAGUGCUUAACACCGCAGAUCAAGAUAAGAACAAGCAAAGAAACAGUGUGUCUUAGUCUCUGAAGAAACUCAAAACCAACAACAACAACCCAAAGUCGAGAAGCCGAGUUGUCAUUAUCAACAACAAUAACAACAACAUCAGCAGCAACAACAACAAAAAUUCGAGUCAACCCUUGGCUUUCAUUGCUUUCGAUGUGAAUGCGACAUUCAGAAACCCCUAUUUUCGUCCCGUCUUCAAAAAGCAAAAUAGCAAUUAUUUUACCAGUUUUGUACAUAAUCAAGUCCUGAUUUUUGUAGAUAGAUCUCACACACCCCAUUCCUCCCCCAAAUGGACUUUGUUCCGAAUUAUAUGCAACACGUCCUCGUCAAGGAUUAACGGACAACAAAGCGUUUUCAAAAGAUAUUCAACCCAUCCCCCUAAACAAGUUAUUGCGAACUGUGCGAAAACCAUUGUGUGAUGCUGCUUUCAAUAUUUGCAACGAUCGAAAAUGAAUGAGGGUGUUUCAGCAAUCCCCAAUAGCUCCGAUUCAAAUACACUCGAACCUUGCGUAGAAAGGUAUUUUAAAGCCAUUUGUUCGACCCACCCAAAACUCUUGUCGUGUUUCUCGUGACCAUACAAGUAGCCUUAUCCUUUUCCAUCGCUCUCUUUGAAGCACUUGCUUUACCUAGCAUCUAAUUUUCUAUUUAGCAAAAAGCAGUGACACAAUGAAAACGUGCAUCUUUAUCCUUGUUGAUGAUUGAAACCCCGAUCACCCCUUGUGAACUUGAACAUGAGUUUAAUAAAUGUUAUUGAAGUUGUUCAAUAA